AUGGCAAAACACAUGGCUAGAAGCAACAAUUCCCCCCUACUCCAGCUACCUCGGGAACUACGCGACGAGAUAUACGCCUACGUCUUCACACCCCCACCCGCUCUCUACUACGGCCGCCUUGAGAGCCACAGCACCACACGUCCAAGAUACAAGCUCUUCACCACUGCAGAUGCCGCCGCUGUCUGCCGAUCCCCCAUCUUUCUCAACCCCAAAACACUGCUCUGGGAAGAUGCAAAACAAGACAACGGACUGAGCUGGCAGGACGCCAUAUACCAUGACCAGGCUAUGUUGCAGCACACGUGCCGGCAGCUACGCCAGGAGACGCUAGCCUCGCUUGCAAAAAGGGACGUCCGGAUCGUCUUCCACUCCUCGCGGUGUGGGUCCAACGGCAGUAUCACGGCUGAGCGCAUGUUUCUCGACUUCAUGAAAUACCAUUUCCAACACUUGCCUCUACAAGCCUAUUGCUUCGAUUUGUAUCUCGAACAGAGGUCUUCUCCCUUGCAUUACCCCUUGAUGGACCCCAACCAAGACCUUUGUUCACUUAUCGAGUGUUGUCACCGGCAUCCGGCAAUGAGGAUAAAUGCAUAUCUUGAGUCCAGUGCGCCGGAGCAGUUAUGUAGUCUCUUGGUGAGAUUGACACUUGCCCUACGUGGAACCGAUGUGUCUUCCAUCAUCCCUACGACCGAUGAUCCUACUUCUAUUGUCUUUGGAUACCCCAUUGUGUACAAGAAGUUUGCGAGUGAGCGGACACUCGAGUGGAGGAAUGUCACGAACCUGCGCGUUUGGCCAAUUUUCAAAUCGAAUGAGAUCAAUGCUACGGUGCAAUUUCCGUUUCACGACAACGAAGAAGCGCUUGCACUAAUAGACAAGUGGUAUGAGGAGGGUAUUUAGAAUGAUUAUCAAAUGGGUAGUAACAGCUGAACGACGCUGUAGUAUUUUGAUUUCUGAGUUCCACGCACUUCUAUAGCUAUCACGACCGUUCUCAAGCAUGUAACAAUCAUUCCUACAG